UUAGAAUACCGUUCCCAGUUGUUUUAACAGGUUUUUUUGGUCAUUUUUGGCUCUUUAUUUCUCGUCCAUUUCCGUGUGGUUUUUACACUACGCGUAUAAUGGCGAGCUCGGCUAACUCGAACCCAGUGCCUAAACUGUACAAGACUGUGAUCGAGGAUGUGAUCAAUGAGGUGCGAGAGUUGUUCCUGGAUGAGGGCGUGGAUGAGCAGGUGCUUCUGGAGCUGAAAACGCUAUGGGAGAGCAAACUGCUGCAGUCCAAGGCAGUGGAGGGCUUCCGUACUGAGGAGCAGGCAGCCUUGCAGGCCGCGCAACAGCAGCAGCAACACCAGCAGCAGCACCAACAACCAUUGCAGCAGCAAGUUCAACAAGGCCAACAGGUGACGCAGCCGGCACAGGCCCAGCAAGUCAUCUUACCUCCCCAACAGCAGCAAGCUCCCCAGCAGCAAGUUAUUGUACCAGAUUCCAAGAUUCUACAGCAUAUGACAACAACGGGGAUGAGUGCAGCAGCUACACAAGCCGCUCUUGCUCUGCCAACGGGCGUCACACCGUACCCACAGCUCAUCACCAGCUCAGGUCAGUUUGUGCAAGUUUUGCGUGCACCCAACGGGGCUCAGUACAUCAUCCAGCAGCCAUCGCAGUCCAUCCUCCUGCAGCAACAGAUGCAACCUGGUUCAGUGCAGGCUCCAGUCAUACAGCAGGUCUUGGCUCCUCUACAAGGAGGCCUUCCUCAGCAAACAGGAGUCAUUAUUCAGCAACCACAGAUUGUCUUAGCUCCUGGAAAUAAAGUUCAAGGCAACACACAGGUGACGCAGGCUGCCGCGAUGGCACCUCAGCCCGGUCAGGUGGCACAAGUGCAGCAGGUCCAGCAGGCCCAGGGGGUAGCAGUGCCGCAGGCCCAGGUGCAGAGCCAGGCUCAGCAGGCGGCCCCGGGUCAACCUCAGCCUCCCAUGAUGCUGCAGGUGGACGGCGCCGGAGACACCUCGUCGGAUGAAGACGAGGAUGAGGAAGAGGAGUAUGACGAGGACAUGGAAGAGGAGAAAGACAAGGAUGGGGGAGAAGAUGGGCAGGUGGAGGAGGAGCCACUGAACAGCAGCGACGAUGUCAGUGAUGAGGAGGACCAGGAGGUGUUUGACACAGAGAAUGUAGUUGUGUGCCAGUAUGACAAGAUUCACAGAAGUAAGAACAAAUGGAAAUUUCACCUGAAGGACGGGAUCAUGAAUCUGAACGGGAGAGACUACGUCUUCUCCAAAGCCAUCGGGGAUGCCGAAUGGUGAGGCCGGAAGACGAAGCCAAGCAACGGAAGCAGGAACUCUGUUACUCCUCCUAUCCAGUUAAUGGACAAUAUCAAUAUCCUUCCAUAUCCUGUGACUGGAUUUGAUUACAGGAAGCGUGUUAAGAGUCUGACAAAAGACUGCAAGGUUCUCUACUACCAACCGGAUGUGACUGGUUGGCAAUCGGCAAGCGAGCCUUGCGGGAUGAGAAACCGACAGCGAAAGGGAACGCUUGCCCUCCUUUUUGUUUCUCAGCCUUUUAGCUUUGACCUGAAUGAAUUCCCACACAUCCUUUCACAUGAUGCACAUGUUGGAGGACCAGUGUGUGCUGACAUUGAAAGUGUGUCAGUGCACUGCUAGUUGGUAGACUGCUUCAGCUUGUCUACACUGACGUCCAAAUUUAAGAUUGCUGCCAGCUUGUCUACACUGACGUCCAAAUUUAAGAUUGCUGCCUUCACGCAAGCCAGAAGUAACCGUUGGCGUCACUUUCCUUUUUGUUCAUUCUUGGAAUUUCUUUUUGAAGUCCUGUUUCUGAAAAAGGUUAUUGGAGCUCAGAGCUAAAUCUGUCAUUGUUUUAAACUGUUUAUUUUAAAUUGAAGGGUUAUAACAAAGAAGUUAAAUAAUGUUAAACUUACAAUAAUUUAUACCUGUAUGAAGGCAUUAUUUUAACUCUAACAAGUAAUGAUUCCAAACCUGUUCUACUUUCCCCCUAAUCAGCUUUUCUGUAGCGUCAUUCCUCUAAGCAAAAUAGAAGCAGAGCCAUGGCUGAAGUGAGAACCGUUUUUUAAAUUGAGUUCUCUGCAGCCUUCAGUUUAUUCAUGUGUGUGUAUGCUUAAAGCAAUCUAAUUCAUCCACUUUCCGUGUGCGUUUGUCAACUGCAUCACUGAGCACCCCUUACACCUCCCCAAAUGCAGUCUGUUGCCACCUUUAGCUGAACGCUGAUGCUAUUUUUUUUAAUUUAUUCAUUGAUGUAAAAGUUAUUUUUUUUUCUUUUGAUCUGCACCAAACUGUGCUCUUACAAUCAAACAAAAGUGUUCUUUUUUUCUGUUGGCUAAACAAAGCUGUGUGACAUUGUUCCUAAUCAUCUUGGAUGUCCCUUUGUGUUUUAGUCUGGACUUUUAAAUGGGCAUGUUUUCUAUUGAGAUGAUUUCAAAUAAGGUUUUCUUUUUUUGUGGGGGGGGGCGACUUUCUCAAAAAAGAUUUUAGUGACCUAUUGUGGACAUUUGAAAUAAAGGGGGGACAGCUGAGUCAACUGGCUGGUUAGUGGGCUCCACACAUUUAUAUUGUGAAUAUACAUCAACCUUAAGAAGGAAGCAAGACAAUGUUCUUAUGUGUACUUCAUGUUUGCAACCUUGAUGUCUUUUGGCAUUUGAGCAGUCAAAAUGUUUUUUUGUCGUUGUUGUUUUUUUGCAGAAAUUCAAGUAAUUGAUUUUAUUCAGUAGCUCUGUGUGGAUUAUGGCUCAUAGACGAGUCAUGGUUGUUUCCACAUACUGUACUUCAGUGUUGAGUGUGCCUUUUUGAUUUGUACUCCUGCUUUUCUUGUACUUUGCAAAAAGGGUGUCUGAGAACUGUUGUCACCUUGGCUCUGUUGUGACUUCUAAUAGCUGUUGAAAUGUAUUGUUCAAUAAAAUGUUUUAUAAAUUACA